AUGAAGGUCGAUUCUUGGUGCGUGCUUUCUAGUAGAAUUUGUUUGAACUCCAACUCGCAUCGAAGUGGUAGGGCUUCAGUUUACAUCCCUUGCUAUAUAGGGUUACAGCCCCUAGGGGCCUGUCCAGGCCCGUCCAAAAUAGGCUACUCCUUGGCUUGCCUGCCACAGCCGCCCUUGCAAUUUGCUUCAUUGCGAGAUCAGCUUUCGUCCACCCACUUGUUCUUUGGUGUGGACAAAAUGGCGGACGCUGAUGCGGGUGGCAAGAGGCGGACGUUCCGCAAGUUUACAUACCGUGGAGUUGACCUGGACCAGCUCCUUGAUAUGAGCACAGAUGAGCUGGUGGACUUGUUCCCAGCCCGGGCCAGACGCAAGUUCCAGAGGGGACUCAAGCGCAAGCCGUUGGCACUGAUCAAGAAGCUGCGGAAGGCGAAGAGGGAGGCAGCAACCGGGGAGAAGCCAGAGCCAGUGAGGACGCACUUGCGAGACAUGAUCAUCGUGCCUGAGAUGAUUGGAUCCAUCAUCGGCGUCUACAAUGGCAAGACCUUCAACCAGGUUGAGAUCAAGCCGGACAUGGUGGGCCACUACUUGGCAGAGUUCUCAAUCAGCUACAAGCCCGUCAAGCACGGCAAGCCCGGAAUCGGUGCCACUCACUCCUCCCGCUUCAUCCCUCUGAAGUGAAGGGGUCACUUCUGCUGUCAAUACACUGCGAUGGAUCGCUGGAGAUCUUCCAUCGAUGCUCGGAGCAGCUAUUACAGUGAAGAUGUGACAAAAAGCAUUGUCUUCCUUGACAUGCUUCUGGAGUGUACAUUAGAUUGUCAGAGAUUGAUCAAGAAGAUCCCGACGGCUCGCUGAAGAGCUCCUAGCAGUGUGCGGGGUGCAUGUGUGAGCACACGACAACCAAAUGUAAUAAAUUUUUCUUACGAC